AUGCUUUAUAUUACCCUCCAUAUGUAUAUUUAUAUAUUGUUUUAUAUAAUACUUUUUUUUCCAGGAAAAAAUGGUGCAUUGGAAGGGAAUAAACCUUUUUUUCAAGAACAUUUAUUUAUAAAGCCAGUUUCUUCUAGUAAUUUGCUUGCAUCGUUUAGAUUUAACACGUCAUCAGAUUUUGAAUGCCUUCCUAAAGUUCCAUAUGUCUUUUCGGGGGAUUUAGAGGGGUUUUUUCCAGGUUCAUCUCGACUUCCACGUUCUUUAAGAUAUAUUAUGGAAGAAACACAUACAUAUGAAGUUCAUCUUCGGAUGACACGUGGGAAAUGGUCUCACAAAGGAUGGGGAAUGCUUCCUGAUAGAGGGGAAUUCGCAGGAGGGACGGGUAUUGAGCUUUGGGCGUAUAUUGAAGGAGAUACAGAGGAAAUUGUUUGGAAGCGAUGGAAUAAACUAACGAAUGCAUUUUCUGGGAUUUUUUCUUCUUCUAUUGGUUCUAUGGAUAGUACACGAAUAAUUAUACCCAUUUUGACGUUUGCAAAAGACAAAAGACAUGCAGAAAGAUAUGAAUUAGGUGGAAAAGGUUAUUUGUUACAUGGAUCGUUACCUCAGGAAACCAUAUGUACAGAGAAUUUAACACCUUUUUUAAAAUUAUUACCUUGUAAAGGUCGUGCUGGUAUUUCUACAUUGUUAGAUAGCCAUCGACUUUUUGAUGCAGAAUGGUAUUCAAUUUUUUUGGAUGUUGUACAUUUUUGCGAUAAAGAUAAAAAGGGAUUGUCAAAUCUUGUUCAGGGUGUUGAUAUGGUUUUGAAUAUUGAACGUGCAAGUCGUAGAGAUGAAUCCCCUAUUCCGAGACCAAAACCUCUUAAUGAAAUUGUAUGUGAUAAGACAAGGAAUCAUAUAAAAAAUGAUUCAUGUUUUCCUUUGGAUAAUCCUUCGAAUAUGGAAUGGUCUUUGUCAAAAUUGUUUGGGCGGCCAAUACAAGGGUCAUGUUCCUUAGACUUUGCACCGACGGAAGUUGUUACUGUUGCUCAUCCUUAUGAAAGGGUAAUUUCCCCUGCGCCUAAUACUAUUUUGGUUGAAGAAAAUGUUAUUUUUUCAAAAUAUAUGAUAUCUGAGCCUUUCCUUGAUAUAACAAUGGCUUCAAAGGCAUAUAAUGCUCAAUUUAACGUAACGAGUGCUCCUCUUUUUGUAGAGCGUUUUUUAACACGAAAAAACCGGAUUAGUGUGGUUAUUUCGAAUCCUCAUUCAAUAGAAUUUCAGAUCAUAUAUUUAGAAGUCUUUCCUUGGUUUAUGAAACCAUUUAUUCAUACUUUAAAUGCACGUAUUUUAUCGUCUAACACAAGAUAUUCUCCAAAUUUUGAGGAUAUAUAUUUUCGACCAUCUAUUGAUAGGAAAUGUGGAUCGUAUUUUGAAUUGCGUAUGCAUAUUCCUUGCAAUUCGACUAUCGAAAUAGUAUGGGAGUUUGAAAAAAUGCUUUUGAGAUAUGCAGAAUAUCCACCAGAUCCAAAUAGAGGAGUCAGUAUUGCACCAUCUAUUCUUACAGUUUUUAAUGCAGGAGAUGAGAUUAAUAAAACUGAUCCAAUUGCUGUAAUUCGAACAACUAGUCUUUUAUUAACGCUUCCUACCCCAGACUUUAGUAUGCCCUAUAAUGUAAUUGUCCUAACUAGUACUAUAAUUGCGAUGUUGUUUGGUAGUAUGUUCAAUUUGUUAAUUCGAAGAUUUGUUUCCCUUGAAGAAGCUAAAGGAUUAAAAAUAAUGAGAUUGAAUAUCCUUAUAUUUAAUCUUAAAACUAUGUUUAAAAAAAUAUUUGUAUAUAAAGUAUAG